UAUACUUUGCUCUCCCAUUUUCACUAAGAAAAUCAAGCAUGGCUAAGAUUGUUUCAAUUCUCCUUUUGGCCCUCCUUGCCAUCUCCAUGCUUGCUAACACUGUUAUGGCUGCAAAUGGCAAACACCACCAUGCUAAAAAGUAUGGACCAGGGAGCUUGAAGCCCUCGCAAUGUCUACCACAAUGUACGAGGAGGUGUAGCAAGACACAGUACCACAAGCCAUGCAUGUUCUUCUGCCAAAAAUGUUGCAACAAGUGUUUGUGUGUUCCACCUGGUACUUAUGGAAACAAGGCUGUUUGUCCCUGUUACAACAACUGGAAGACCAAGGAAGGAGGACCUAAAUGCCCUUAAAUUACUUUCUAUUUUCUUCAUCUAAUAUGUCUACCUUAUCUUCUUGUUUUUUUCUCCUAUUGCACUUUUAUCUAACCCAAGUGGUUAUAUAUGUAAUAUGACCAUAUUUCCAGUUUGAAUGGAACAAAAAUAAUACUUGCAUUUAAUGUUUAUACUCUUGCUAGAAA